AUGCCAUUCCUCCAACCCAAAGUCACCCCCUUACCACCAGGCAUCGACCUCACCGGCAAAUCCGCCGUCGUAACCGGCGCCAGUGCAGGUCUCGGCCUCGAAACAGCCCGCCAACUCCUCACCCUAAACCUCACCACGCUCAUCCUCGCCGUCCGCAACGAAUCGAAAGGCGCAACCUGCAUCAAAAACCUCCUCCAAGACCCGGCCAUAAAAUCCAAAAAGCCAACUAUCAAAGUCCUCAAACUCGACGUCAACGAUAACAACUGUAUCACAACCUUCAGCAAAACCCUGCCACAAACCCUCCCAACUCUGGAUAUCCUCAUCCUCAAUGCUGGGAUCAGCCGCUUGAAACACAACCCCAGUCCAAGUGGCCACGAGGAAUCAGUUCAAGUGAAUUACCUCUCCAACGCACUCCUCCUCGCCGAACUCCUACCCUACUUGAACGCCAGCGCUGAAAAAACCGGCUCGCCAACCCGAAUCACCUGGCUGGGUAGUCGCAUGCACCAAACAAUGACUAGUUUCCCGAAAAAAUCACCCCUCGACACCUGCGACUCUGUCCUUGAGUACAUGGAUGGCGGGGAUACCGUCUCUCCUUUAUACCGGUACGCGGAUAGUAAGGUCCUCUGCGCAAUGUUCAUGUACAGUCUUGCGCCGCGUCUGGAUGCAAGCAAGAUCAUGUUGAACAUGGUUUGUCCGGGGAUGGUGGAUACGGCGAUUAGUGACUUUUUGCCUAUCUAUUGGAGACUGCCUGUUAAUCUUGUUAAGGCUGUGAGGGCGAGGAGUGUUGAGGCUGGGGGGUGGUUGAUUGUGAAUGCGGCUGUUGUUGCUGGGCCGGAGUCGCAUGGCAGGUUCUUGGAGGAUAAGGAGGUUCUUGAGGUAUCGAAGUAUAUCCGGUCUGAGGCUGGGAAGAAUGUGCAGGAGAAGUUGUGGGAGGAGACUAUGGAUGAGUUGAAGAAGUUGACUACUUUGCCGCGAGAAUUUGAAUGA